AGCUGUGGUGGAGCAGGUGAGCUCUGCGACAUGGCCAGUGGCAAGACCCCCCGGCCCAUGAGGUCCUCCAGAAGGGCGGAUGGAUUCCAGAGCAGAGUGGUAGCAUCUCGUAAUCCCAAGCUGGUCAGAGAGGCAGAAGAGUCUCUCAGCAGCAAGCAAAGGCUGGCGAGGCCUCGGGAGAUGAGGCGGCCCCGGACUGCCCAGCUUCGGGACAUGGGUGAAGUCUGCCAUCAAAAGUUCUCAGCCAUUGAGUGGGACCAGAGGUCAUUCCAGCCUUUCCCAUCCGAGGUGGUGUUUGAGAACUACAUUCCCCACCAGUUCUACAUAGCGUCGCUAGCUCUGAGGAACAAAGACAGGGUUCCUCGUCUGCUGAACGUCAUCCUGGGGAACUCUCCUUACUUUGAGUUGAUCAGCCCGAGUGAUGAGGACUAUAAGGUAGCCCCGGGCAUGUCUUCAACCUACCGCAUCCUUUUCCGACCUGAUGAGAACAAGGAUUAUUUUGAGGAGCUUAUCAUCAUCACAGAGAGGGAGAAGUUCUUUGUGCCUAUCCGAGCCAUAGGUGCCCGAGCCAGCCUGGACUUCCCUGAGCAGCUGAACUUCUCCGAGUGUCCAGUCAGGUUCAGCACCCAGAAGACUCUGCUGGUGCGCAACGUGGGGAAGCGGGAGGCUUGCUACAGCAUCACCACUCUGAGCCCUUUCUCUGUGGAUCCCUCCAUUGGGACUCUUGGCGUUGGAGAAGCGAUGCAAGUCACGGUGGAAUUUCACCCACCAAAGACCGGUGUUUAUACAAGUCCCAUGAUUGUUCACUAUGACACUGGUGAAGACGUUCACAAAAGCCUCUGUGGAACAGCUGUAAAUGCCGACAUCAGGCUUGACAAGAGCUCCUUGACAGUUGAGAAGACUUCCCUCACGCUGUCAAAGCAAAGUUCCCUGGUCAUCCACAACCAGAGUGGCAUCACGGCCCACUUCCAGUGGAAGCGUUUUGUUGAUGAGGAAGAGGAGGAGCGGCAGAAGCUGAGGCUGCAGAGGCAGGAAGAGGACAAGCUGGUUGAUGUUCCUAAGGAGCAGGGGGUGGUCCCCCCUCUCAGAGAACACCCUUCCCUUCCCGUCUGCACCUCCCAGAGCCAGGGGACAGAGGUGCAGGGAGACUCCAUGCCUUUCUGCAGUGAUAUUUUCACCAUUGUGCCCAUGGAGGGAGAUAUCUUGCCAAAUUCUUCACUUGAAAUCAAUGUGAUCUUUAAGCCCAAAGAAGCCAGAGUCUACCAAGAGGCAGCCUACUGUGACAUCUCAGGCUGUGAGACCAGGCUGCCCCUGUGCAUCAGCGGGGAAGGCGUCGGGCCCCAGGUGGAACUCAGCUGCGACCAGGUGAGCGUCGGGAAGGUGUUUGUUGGCUCAAGCCACAGCUACGGGGUGCUCCUGCUCAACAGAGGAGUUCCUGAGGCUCCCUUCAGCGUGGUGUAUCCGGAGAGAGCUCUGGACUCCUGCUACGAGGUGGCUCUGCGUGGGGAGGCCUCAGGCAUCAGCUACCUCCUGGACACCACCGAGAUCGACUGCGGGCUGCAGGUGUUUAACAAAGUCUCGGAAGCAGCAGUGACCCUGCAGAACAGCUGCUGCCAGGAGCUGCUGGCCCUGCUGGAAGUGCAGGGUUACAUUGAACCUGGCAAGCAGCAAGUGCUGAAAGUCUAUUACCUGCCAGGAGUGCCUGGAGUCUUCUGCAGGGCUUUCCAGAUCCAAGUGGGUCACCUGGAGCCAGCAAAAAUCUGCCUGAAAGGAGAAGGGACCUUUCCCAGGAUCCACUUGGACCUGCCCAGGAACAUCAAAGGCAACGCCAAAUAUGAGAAGAUCCUCCAAAAGGCCCAAGAAAAGCUGGACAAAGGCAGCCAGAGAGACGAGGCCAUUGCUCUGGGGGAGGCUGUGGCAGCCGAGCCCCGCAUGGACGACUCGGGCACCAUGAGUGUCCUUACUCCUCCUUUCAGAGCUGAGCUGCCUGAAUACAUCCUGGACCUUGGCUAUGUUGUUCCCGGUGACAUCCACACACACAUGGUGAAGAUCACCAACACUGGGCACUUCCCUGCAUCUUUCUGUGUCGAUGGAUAUGUCCUGUAUAACACAGGCUUCAGCGUGUGCCUGGAGUGUGUGAAGCGCCUGCCCUCCUGUGAGAGCAAGACAUUUGAAGUGUGCUUCGACCCACAAAGUGCCAACUUGCCCCUAGGAAAAGUGGAUGUGCUCCUGCCCAUCAAGGUCAGAGGAGGCCCCACAAUCCAGGUCCGCCUCCGUGCCAUGGUGGCUGAGCCGUCCCUCUGCGUGUCCAGGGACAGGCUGGAGUUCUCUGCUGUCCAGUGUGGGCAGUGCCAGGAAGAAACCAUCCAGCUCCACAACACGUUCCAGGUCCCCUGUAAAUGGUCCAUCAGCAUGACUGAUCCUGUUGAGGAGGUGGACAAACAUCUGCCAGGGAGCGAGCACCAGAAGCUGCUGGAGGAGAUGAAGUCUGUGCCCUGUGGCUUUGAGGUGCUGCCCUCAGCUGGAAGCCUCGCUCCAGGACAGCAGUGCCACGUCCAAGUCCGUUUUUCACCCACGGAAGAGAAGUGCUACCGGGGCGAGCUGCAGAUCCAGAUUUGCCAGAGCAGCCAACGCCUGCAGGUGCCGGUCUUGGGACGUGGUCUGGAGCCACGGCUGGAGUCCAUCCCCGCAGAGCUGGAGAAUGCCUAG